AUGCUGAGCGCAAACACAACACCGACUCAAAAGUCACACACACCACAGCCGCCAUCCUCGUUGACAUCCUCGAUAGCGACGGGCCGCCCGAGUUUGGAACGAGAUGGGCUUCAACCACCAGGAGCCACAAAUGGAGGCAAAGGGGGUUCCUAUGUCUCCAGGGGCGGUUCAUCUUUUGUCCCUACUCCGGCUCCGGGCAGCUUCAACCCAGACGUGCGUAGCCAGGCAGCCUCCAGAACUGGUUCACGUGCAGACAUUUUUGCUCUAGAGAAGUUGGAUGAAGAGGAGAUUUCUCUGGCUGAAAAGAACCUGAACCAGCUUAAAGAUGCACUCAGUCGUGAGAUCAAGAUCCGCGAUGGUAGUGAAAACAUGCUAGAAGCUCUGAACAUCAAGAAAGCGAAGCAGACAAAGGAUCAAAGACAGAGGAUCGAAGCUGAACUCAACACGUCCAAUCAAAAGAUCAAAGAACUCAGGACCAAAAUUGACGAUAUACAAAGGGUCAAGGCUACCCCAGCUACUCCUACCAGAAACCGCACCGAAGGCUUGCUCGCUAGCAACGGCAUCCGCUCUCCACCAAGCGCAUCACGCAGCGGUGCUGGCUCUGAUCUCGACGAACCUGUGGAACAGUCACCAACUUUUGCUCUUGCCGAGAUCCUACAAGCGCUUGAGCAGGAGGGCUUGACAGCUGCUUAUUAUGUCGGACGUGCUAAUAGCCUCGUGGAGCUCUUCAAGAAGCAUCCUACGCUCAAGUAUGAUUUGGUCUGGUCCAUCUUUGGUGACCGGAUGCAAAUGAUGCUUCUCAGUGAUAGCAGAGAGGUUGUUGCCGCCGGGUACCGCAUGAUCCGCUAUGCUAUUUCGGAUGUGACAUCCUUGAAAAGGAUCCGGAGCCUCAAUACAGAUUACAUGGUAGUAGUAUCAUUGGCCAAGGACCGAAAGGCUGAUGUUGAACGUGAACAAGCGUUGAAGUUUGUGCGCGCCUUUCUCGACGUCAAGGAUGGUGUCCGAGAGAUUUCACGGGCUGUUGUGCGCACCAUAGUCGCAGUUGCUGAACACUUGGAGGAUCGCUUGCGGCCCAUAUGCAUCGAAACUCUGGCUGAGAUUCUGCUCAAGGAUCCUGCUUUGCUCACGGCUUGUGGUGGCUUGGCACCUUUGUCUGAAGCCCUUGCAGAGGGGACGUAUAAGUCUCCUGAAUCUUUGGCAUCUGCCUUUUUGUUUCUACUCAAUGCACCUCAUACCCGAAAAUAUCUUCGUGCAGGCUAUGACCUGGAGGUCAUGUUCACUGCAUUCACAGAUGCCUUAUUCUCCGCCGAGGGUGUUGUGAAACAAAACUCCAAGGCUGUUUCAGGCGCUUUAAAGUCAUGGUCAGGCCUGAUGACGCUAUCCAUGUUUGACUUUAGAGCGAUCAGGGCACUUAUAUCUACACUCUCUCUGCCCAACACGGCGAUUCGCGAGACGGUUAUUGACAUGCUCUUUACGCUUUUGCGAAUCAAGCCGCCUGCUUGGGCAACGACAUUUCUAGCUGGAAGGCGUUUGACCACUUACGGAAGAGUUGCCAGCCUCAAAUCGGCCACGACCAAGACUGGCGCUUCUUAUGACGAGGAUAAUGACGAACAAAACUUUGUCGAGCAUUACACAUCCUUAUUACUGGCUAUAUUCGUCAAGGCUGGACUGCUACCAAGCCUCCUCGUCAUUGCGCAAGAACCCGAUACAACUUUGCUAAAGCGAAAGGCAACACUGCUUAUCGGCGAGGUGCUGAAAUUGGCAGGUCGUUUACUACCUCCAGCUUGGAGCAGCCAACUACAACUACUUCCUGAGCUAUUCUCAGCUGCUAUAGAAUUCAAGGACACCAGUCGCUUCCACGCGACGGGUGUGGUGUAUCAGAUCAGCAGCGUCAGUCGCACGCUGUUCCGAUCAUCGCCAGCAGCUCUUACCUUACCCGCCAGCAGCGCUCUUGACCAUGUUGGCUCUGUUGAGGACACACCCAAAAACAGUGCUUCAAUAAACACGGAUGAUGCAACCUUUCGGCAGCUCUUGAUCGACUCGGGUGUUCUCGGAAGCUCGAACCCCAUAAAAUGGAACUGGGAUAUCGUUCUGAGGAUAAUCGAAGGCCCUCUCACCAACGGCAAGAGAUUGGAAGAGGCUAUCAAAGCAUCCAAGUUCGUGAAGAGACUGAUGAGCUUUUACCGGCCCUUUAAGUAUCGGUUUUCCGGUACCAAGAGUCAUCGCAAUUCUCAGAAAUAUAUCAGAGUUGGUUGUGCUUUGAUGCACUCUCUGCUUCAAUCACCAGAAGGCAGAAAAUACUUGGCAGACAACAAGCUCUUGCGACAGCUUGCCGAAUGUCUUGCCCAAUGUGAUCCAACCAGCGGUUUAACAGCGCAACGUCCGAUGUUCUCACCUGAUUAUCUGACUGACUUCCUUUGCGGUGGCUAUUUCCCCAUGCUGGGGGUGCUCACAGGAGACCCCAACGGCCUACAAAUGCUCGAACGGUGGCGGAUAUUCAACAUGAUAUAUCACAUUGUUGAUUACAACCAGAGACCUGACAUGAUCAAACUAAUCCUGGCAAACUUUGAUUAUGGUCUUCAAGGACAUCCCCGCGUGUUGCUGUCCAAGGCGCUGACAGCAGGAACCAAGGAAAUCAGAAUACAUGCCACGAAUGCGUUGAGGUUGUAUGCCACGGGCCAACGAGCGCCGUCAUCCAGCCAUAUCGUGUCUGAUGCGAAGUGGGCUAUCCAGCUCCUUGUCACUCAGCUCUAUGAUCCCGAAAUCGAGGUCUGUGCUACAGCUGUCAAGAUCCUGGAGAAGGCCUGCAAUAGCAAGCACUUACUGGAAUAUAUCGUGGAGUGUCGUCCUGCACUGGAUCAUUUAGGAGAGAUUGGAGCACCUCUACUGCUCCGUUUCUUGUCCACAUCUAUCGGAUACCACUACCUGGACGGACUCGAUUAUAUCAGCAACGAAAUGGACGAUUGGUUUCUUGGCCGAAACGACAGCUAUGUCAGUCUUAUAGAGGCUAGUUUGGCUCGCUCAUUUGUCGAGAAUCCCGAGGACCAUUCCGGCCGACUUAGUCUUUAUGAAGAUGAACUGGACGCCGACCAGGAUAAUCACAUCCCACCACACUUCUACCGCGAGUUGACGCGUACCAAGGAGGGAUGUAAGCUUCUAGAGGAUAAGGGACACUUUGAAGAAUUCUCUACAACAAUCCGCGAUUAUGGUAUGUAUUCCAAUGACCCCGAACUCAUGGUCAAGGUCAAAGGUUGCAUGUGGGCAGUGGGGAACGUCGGCUCGAUGGAGCUCGGAGCACCUUUCCUCGAGUCCACAGAUGUGGUGGGCCAGAUUGUCAAGAUUGCAGAGACGCAUGAAGUGAUGAGCCUACGAGGAACCGCCUUUUUCGUGCUCGGCCUGAUAUCCAGAUCCGUUCAUGGCCUUGAAAUACUCUCUGAGCUGGGGUGGGACUCGAACACCACGCCUUUGGGUGUGUCACUCGGCUUCUGUCUGCCAACCGAUAUGUCAAAACUUUUCUCUUUUCAACCAUGGGAGCAUGUAACUGCAUCUUCUGUGGUGCUUCCGGAGUCACAGAGAACCAUCAUCGAGGCACCACCGGCCGUCAUGAAAGAUCCUGAUGAGACUAAUCAGCGGAUCCUGGAAAUCAUGGUGGAGCUGGGCAACAUAGUGCAAUACAAGAAAGCAAAGAUGGAACUGCUGCAACUCAGACACAAGAAAGUACCCGGCUUUCGACAAGCCAAACUCUUCCGCCGCGUCUUGUCACUCCUGGAGAAUCACCACUACCGGCUGAGCGAUCGACACAUGGCCAUUGAGAUGUUUGACAAGAGCGUACUGAGGCAGAUUGUGUAUGGCGACGAGGAGGGUGAAGAGGAGGUUGAAACCAGUUCUGGUGACGAGGGAAGGACAGAGCGUCAGAGGAGUAUUAGUGACCCGGCCGAUUGGGAGGGUACAAGGGGUCUGACGCAGAAAUUCUCCAUCUGA